CCCGGCGGGGAUGCCUGGCCGAGGGCGGCCAGACGCACGGAAAGCGGGUCUCUGGCGUGGGCCGGGGGAAGCAGCCUCGCUAAGGAGCCCUCUGGGAGCGGGGCACCCAGCCUCUCCCUCCGGGCUCCGCAGCUUGUCCACUAAUGCCGCAGAGCAGUGACCUAAGACUUUUUGGAGGGCAGCACGCCUAGAGAUACACUCCAUCACGCACACUCCUCCAGCACCAUGUCAGGAAACUACACCCCCUCUUCUGGGGGCCCCUUCUCGGCUCUCACCCCCAGCAUCUGGCCACAGGAGAUCCUGGCAAAGUAUACCCAGAAAGAAGAGUUGGUGGAGCAGCCAGAAUUCCGGUACGAUGAAUUCGGCUUCCGAGUGGAUAAGGAAGAUGGCGCUGAGCCGAACUCCAGCAAGCUGCUGGGGAUUCCACUGACGGAGGAGCCACAGCAGAGGCUGAAGUGGCAGGCCCACCUGGAAUUCACGCACAACCACGACGUGGGGGACCUCACCUGGGACAAAAUCGAGGUCACGCUGCCGGGUUCGGACAAGCUGCGCUCACUGGUGCUGGCUGGCAUCCCACACAGCAUGAGGCCUCAGCUGUGGAUGCGUCUCUCUGGGGCCUUGCAGAAGAAGAGGAAUUCGGAGAUGUCCUACCGAGACAUUGUGAAAAACAGCUCCAAUGACGAAACUAUCUCUGCCAAACAGAUCGAGAAGGACCUGCUCCGCACCAUGCCCAGCAACGCCUGCUUCUCCAACAUGAACAGCAUCGGGGUGCCACGACUGCGCAGGAUACUCCGGGGACUAGCCUGGCUUUACCCAGAGAUCGGAUACUGCCAAGGCACCGGCAUGGUGGCGGCUUCCCUGCUGCUCUUCUUGGAGGAAGAAGACGCCUUCUGGAUGAUGUGUGCCAUCAUCGAGGACCUGGUACCUGCCUCCUACUUCAGCACCACGCUGAUGGGAGUGCAGACCGACCAGCGCGUCCUACGCCACCUCAUCGUGCAGUACCUGCCACGGUUGGACAAGCUCCUGCAAGAGCAUGACAUUGAGCUGUCCCUGAUCACCCUGCACUGGUUCCUCACGUGCUUCGCUAGCGUUGUGCAUAUCAAACUGCUGCUGCGCAUCUGGGACCUCUUCUUCUACCAGGGUUCGCUGGUGCUCUUCCAGGUCACACUGGGCAUGCUCAGUAUGAAGGAAGAUGAGCUAAUCCAGUCGGAGAAUUCUGCCUCCAUCUUCAACACUCUCUCGGACAUCCCGUCUCAGAUCGAGGAUGCGGAGGUGCUGCUGCGGGAGGCCAUGCGUGUUGCUGGCUCGCUGACAGACAUGGCAGUGGAGACCCAGCGCCGCAAGCACCUGGCUUACCUCAUUGCUGACCAAGGGCAACUGCUCAACCCCAGCGCCGCCGUCAAUAAUCUAUCCAAGAUUGUGCGGCGCAGGACCCAGCGCAGGAAAUCUGGCAUCACCUCGUUGCUUUUCGGUGAAGAUGAUUUGGAGGCACUGAAGGCCAAGAACAUCAAGCAGACGGAGCUGGUGGCUGACCUUCGUGAGGCGAUCCUGCAGGUGGCACGGCACUUCCAGUGCGUGGAUCCAAAGAACUGCAGCAUUGACCUGACUCCGGAUUACACCAUGGAGAGCCACCAGCGGGACCAUGAAAACUACGUGGCAUGUUCCCAGAACCGCCGGCGCCGAGCCAAGGCACUGCUGGAUUUCGAGCGCCAUGAUGACGACGAGCUGGGCUUCCGCAAGAACGACAUCAUCACAAUCAUAUCCCAAAAGGACGAGCACUGUUGGGUGGGGGAGCUAAAUGGACUGAGAGGUUGGUUUCCUGCAAAAUUUGUGGAGGUCUUGGAUGAACGGAGCAAAGAGUACUCCGUUGCUGGCGACGACUCGGUCACAGAGGGGGUGACAGACUUGGUCCGAGGGACACUCUGUCCAGCACUGAAGUCUAUAUUUGAGCAUGGGUUAAAGAAGCCGUCCCUACUGGGGGGGCCCUGCCACCCCUGGCUGUUUAUCGAAGAGGCUGCUGGACGGGAGGUGGAACGAGACUUCGACUCGGUGUACUCCCGCCUCGUGCUCUGUAAGACUUACAGGCUGGAUGAAGAUGGAAAAGUUCUGACUCCAGAGGAACUGCUUUAUCGGGCAGUGCAGUCCGUGAACAUGACGCACGACGCUGCGCACGCUCAGAUGGACGUGAAGCUUCGCUCCCUCAUCUGCGUUGGACUCAAUGAGCAGGUCCUGCACCUGUGGCUGGAGGUGCUGUGCUCGAGCCUGCAGACAGUGGAGAAAUGGUUCCAUCCCUGGUCUUUCCUGCGCAGUCCUGGCUGGGUGCAGAUCAAGUGUGAGCUCAGGGUCCUCUCCAGAUUUGCAUUCAGUCUCUCUCAGGACUGGGAACUUCCUAUUAAGAGAGAGGAGAAGGAGAAGACGCCGCUGAAGGAAGGAGUGCAGGACAUGCUGGUGAAGCACCAUCUCUUCAGCUGGGACAUAGAUGGCUGACCCCGCCCACUGCAGACCUUCUAGACUGCCACACUCAACACACACACUCCUCCCUCCCCUACCCGUGGCUGCUCUCAGCCCAGCUGAAGCGACAGCCUCUCCAGCUCAGCCGGGCACUUCACCCCAGGCACUGGGUGGCUGGAGGGCUGUGUGUGGUCUUGCAGGCAGAAAUCCUUCCCCCAGCCUGUGCAGGACACCCCGCACCAGCUGCCCAGCUCUCAGUCCCAUGUGUUCCCUUGUCCCCCAGCUGUAAGCCCUGCUCGGAGAGGAGGGGGGACUCCACCGGCCAGAUCUCUAGCUUCCUUUUUGGCCCACCCUGCUGCUCCUGGGAGAGGGUUCUUAAUCUGCCUCAUAGCCCCUCUCCCUACUGUCCUAGGGGUAGUGAGCAGAUCUGUGUGUCUGUCCAACAUUUCCAAGUGCCGCUGGAGCCCAGAAUGUGAGGGCAGCAGGUGAAGAGAGAACUCCCCCCGGGUGCUUGAUAACUGCAGGGUCCAUUGAAGGGGGAGGCUGAGGAAUGCACAGAACCACUGGCUGACCUGGGCUUCCCUGUCUCUUGUGCUUUGGAAGCCUCCCUUGGUGAAAAAUCUUUUGUCUUGUUGCCCUAGCAGUGUAAGGGACGGAUGGGGGUGCUGACAAGAUGUGCCUAAGGGAGCAGCCAGUUACCAACUAUAACUGCCUUAGGGGAUGGGGCUUUUUCUCAAAAGUGUGGAGGCAAGCCCCAGUUCUCCCCUAGCCGGAGGGAGCAUCAUGCUGUUGUUUUAGCCUCUACCUGCGUUACUUUAAAUUAACCAAAAAGAUGUAAAUGAUCUCUAGACAUAUCUCUAUAUUUUGGCAUCAUCUUAGCUCAGGAAGUGGGUUCAGGCCUGAGCUGGCUCAGGGAGACUAACUCAGCUCCUGCCCUGUGGGAAGAGGCUGAGGCCUAUAAGCUGGGAGUGGAGCAUCACUACUGCUGUAGGGUGGCUCUGCUCCAUGGUGUCUGUGACUUUAGCAAUGAAAGCACUUGUUUGUGAGCACAAACUACUCAUGAAAUAACACUAGAUUCUUACUUUCCUUCAGUCUUUGGGGUUGUAAAUAAAGUGCAUCUUGGGAGAGCUUUGGUGGUUUUCUCCAGCAGGGUUUGGGGUGGUGAGUGAACCUUCCUUUGAUUUGCUAUUGCAGGUCUCUGUGGGAUUUAAGCUGGAUGCCUGCUCUCUGAGCUCCUGGAGGGAAAGAGGAAUCCUUUACAGGAGCAGGGAAUUAGUCUUUAUCUCACUCAGUGACCCUGAAAUCACCUCAUCUCUUUUCUCCCUGUUUCCAACUGAAAUGGGUCUUAAUCCUUAUGGCUUGGUUUGGAAUUUAGCUAAUAGGAGAAGGCUGCACUGUGCGGUGGGAUUUAUAGGCACACAGAAUUGCAUCCCCACACCCGCAGGGAAGGGUGCCCCUCUGUGUUGCAGAACAGAAUAUUCAGUUGUGGCUAUGGCAUUAGUGCCAAUUCUACAGUGCAACAGUAGGGCUAGGAAAGACGAGGUCAAGCCUGGCUUCUUGACUAAAGCAGGUGUCAGAACCAGCAGCACAUUGCCCUAGUGAGAGCAUGGUGGGAUGGGAUAUUCAGGACACUUCUAAUGGUGACACAAGUCAACAACAGCGUUUUAAACUGUACAAGUAAAAAUCACAUCCCUGGGGACUUAGCAGUGUAAAAAGACACAGCAGGAAAAGCCGUUCUGCACUUUUUCGUCUGUCAUGCAGUUAAAAAAAAAAUAAAGGUUCUUGGCAAGGCAACCAUGUGCCUCAGCAUAGAGGAGUGGGGAAGAGGGACUGUCUCAAAACAGAGUUCAGGGCUGAAGGCAGUUAAGAGGUAAGGUGCCCUUUAUACUUCCAGGAGGGAAGCAAAGAAAACAGGAGAACCUUGCUUGACAGCUCUUUAGGAAUUGUGCUCUCCUGUGUCCUAAACCCAACUGAUAGCAACCUUGAGAAGGUUGGAGACAACUUGGAGCAGAUAUGGAUGAGCACAGGGCAUGCAGGCCUGUUUCUAUUCAAGUGCUAUUCUAACAGGAAUGGUUCCAUUUGCAGGACACCUGCUCCUGGGGGAAGCUCCACUGGAGGAUGUGUAUGCACCAUAUACUCUUGACCAGCGACUGUAAAUAUCAGUGUUGCAGUGCCACACCUGGAGCUCCAGGUGAUGGCACACAGGGAGGUGUAGACCCACUGCUGCUCCAGUUCCUGCUCAUGAAACCUGGCAGACUCUGCCCCUGAGGGGAAGAAGAGCAGGAGGUAGAACACCCUGACACACAAAACAUCUUGAAGAACUCACAGCUAGGUAGCCUCUCUAUGACUGGAGGGGUGCUCCAGUGUAGGAGCUUCCCAAGCAGUAGGUCAACAAGGAGGUGGGUGGUGAAUUGAAGAGCUGUCACCCCACGUCAUGUCAGUUCUGGAUGCAGGUCUGCUGGUGUAAUGUUUGACAAAUGUGUGAACCAAGGAGCAGGUUGCAGCCCUGCAGCUUUCUGAGAUGGCGAUGGCUAUAGCAGUGGACUGAGCCUUCACUUGCUGAGGGGGAUAUUUCACAGCAAAUCAAGAUACAAUCAAACCCUCUUGGACAGGCUUAGGGGAAAUCCGCUAACCUCUUAUCCUUUUCACCAAGGAUGCAAAGAGCCUUAAGACUGGCAGGGUAGAUGGCAAGGGCCCUACUUACAACUAAUGUUUGGAGACAAGCUUCCUCCCUCAAAGUGGGGGCUUAGCCAUUUGCUGGUAUUUUAUCCUAUCUUGGUUGGUGUGAAAUUCCAACAAGUCUUUAGGGAGGACUCAAGGACUGGGGGGGCACAGCAUGACCUUGUUGUGCUAGCACGUAGUGGAUCUGUCAUGAGCCCCGCGUUCUCGCAUUCUGAGCUGACGACGCUCAGAAGUAAGUCUUGAGGCUGAGACAGCAGGGAGUUUGCAACUGCUGGUAAACCACUGAAGUAUCUGUGUGAGGGGAGAUGUACCAGUACCACAGCCAUGCUGCACAGUUUACAUAAUACAUGGCUGUGCUGUUGUCCAGCAUUACUCUGCCAGAGGGGCCCUUUCGGUCAUGAAGUGAGUGCUGACAUGGGUAGUGGCCUUCCCUUAGUUCCAGGAUGUUGAGUUGGAGUGAUGGCUCAUGUGAGGAC